UGCUUGGCAUUUCGUAUCUCGCGCGUUUUUCCAACCUGACGCCUGCCCGGCGCAUGCUCGUGUCACCUAACCUCGGCGCGACCGAUCUCCCAGCUCGGAGCACGCAGACUUCGCCGCCCGAUUUCUGCCGUCGGCGUCACGAGCGACGCUCCUCGUACCUUCGUUUCUACGUGGAGACGCGCGAAACGGGCGCGCCUUCGUCGGGAUCUAAGGUGAGGCGACUUAACCGAAGCUGUCGUUUGUAAACAAGCUGUUGACGCGGCCCACGUGCGAGGCGCGGAUUGACGCGGCGAGGGAGGGACGACGGGACGCGAGAUGGGCCGCAAGAUACCGGGGAAGAAGCACCGGGGUGUCAAGGAUCCCGAGAAGCAGCGCGCGAGGCGCCUGGCGGAGUUAGAGUCGCGCACGAACGCGGCGCCGAGAAACGUGGACGAGCAGGCGGUCCCGAAGAGCCUGGAGCGCGUGAUUAGAUUGAAGGAGGAGGCCGCGAGGACCGGCGCAGGCGUCACGAAGAGGAGACGGCGGAGAAAGAAUGCGCUCAUCUGCGUGGGGCAGCAGCGCGGGCCGGAUCGCCCGCGAGCGAAGCCGGAGAAGGUCACGCCGGUGUUCCGGCAGCGGCCGGGCGAGUCCGGUCACGACUUCAUGCACAGGGUGUCCAGGGACACGCACAACUUUCUCAAGGAAGUAGCGUUCGAGAAGAAGUACGACGUCCAGGUCGAACGGGACCCCGGCACCGGGGAGAUUCAGGGUCUGACGAAGCGCAAGCGCGACGGGGACGACGCGGAGGCGCCGCAGGCGAAGCACAAGAAUAUCGGUAGGAAAAAGCGGGCGGCCGCGGCUACGUUGACGAGGCACGACAAGCGCAAGCUGAAGCUGCGCUUGAAGAGGGAAAAGGCGCUGGAGAACCGCGACGAGUUCGAGAGGUUGCAAGACAGGGUCGGCUUCGGCGAAGUCGCCCACGAACCUCCCAGACUGAAGAUCAAGUCGAAGAAAAUGGACGGGGAUAGGAAGCCGAAGGAUCUAUUGUUGAACUCGUUACUGGAAGGUCCUAGAGAGGCUUCAUCCGCUGCCAAGGUGAUCGGUCGUUCGGCAAAGAGGAAAUACCUAUCCGAAGCGGAGAGGAGAAGAAUAGAGACGCGACAGAACGAAGCUAUUGAAGCCUACCGACAAUUGAAGUCUCAGCGAUCGGCUAAUAGAAGCUGCUAGGAUUUUCUUGUUACGAUUAUGUUGAAUGUGGAGGAG